AAGAUAUAAAACCUUUUAUGAUUUGUGAGGAGGAACCAAAAUUGUCUACUUCUGUUAUUAAAGAGUUUGAAAAUGAUGAAGUUGACGGUAAAGUGAAUAUUCGUGAUAAUGAUCAUGAUACUUCACAGUUGUCUUUGGUUGAUCAUUAUGAGAUGAGGGAUAUGCCUACUACUGCUAAGUUAAAUAAAGGUUCUGUACAACUACAACGUGAAGUAGAAUUGAACGCAGAUGCAGUUCCAAAAGGUGUGCAUACUUGUGAGACAGUCAGUGUAAUUGAUCAGCGUGUAGCCCACCUAUCAUCAGAUGAUAGUGCUAAACCCGAACUAGUAGUGAAAGACAGCAGUGGUGGUAAUCUUGCAGUUGGACAACUAUCUGAGAGCCGAACAAGAACAGCUUCUGAUCCACCACUAAGUUCAUCACCUUGUGUCACUCAGUCAUCGUUGGUGCUGUCAUCCACAAUGAAACAGACACCCAUCAACUCAAGUAUCUUGUGCAAUGACUAUGGUAGUAUCAGUUCGUUUGAAAGGACGAAUAUCAAUGGUCAGUUUAGUGUGGAUAAGCCAAGUGUAAAGGAGAGAGUUAUUGUUAAAUUGACUUGCACGAAUAAAGGCAUUUCUAGUUUCAAGUUACUAUUUGAAUGUUAUUAUCUUUGGUGUAAAUUACUCUGUUUCUACACUUGGUUGAUGAGAUAUGUCGUGUGUUUGUUGGUCAUCUAUAUUCUACGAUACAAUGACAUGGGCGUGUUGCCGUUCAGAUUUGAGGAUAUAGCUGAUAGAAGGAAGUUAGCAAAUGAACUCUGCGACGAUUUUCCAACCUAGGGCGUCAACCUGAGAAGGGUUGUAGGCGUACUGCUGUAAGUCCUACAGUUCUUCAAAGGGUAGCGCAUCAAUGAGCAGUCCAAUGUGCUUGGUGUAUGAUCUUGUACAUAUGUUCAUAUUGUAUAUACUGAAUUGAUAUCAUCUGUCAUCUAGCUGUUGGUAAUUCUGUUUGUGUCCGGACGACUUCCACUUGGAUCAUCAACCUGAGAAGGAAUGUAGGCGUACUGCUGUAAGUCCUACAGUUCUUCAAGGGUAGUUUGUCGUGUCAGAAUCCACAACAUUUGAUGUGUUGAUUGUACAUAUGUUUGUGUUAAAUAGUUGUGUGAGUUCCAAUUGAUGUAAUUGUUGGUUAAUCUUGUUUGUGUCUGGACAUUCCACAACUUACAAUCGUCAACCUGUGAAGGGUUGCAGGCGUACUGGUGUAAGUCCUGCAAUUCUUCAAAGGAAUUCCACCAAGACAUGAUCCGCGAGGUUAUUUGUACUGUUUGUGUAUACGUGUGGUGUGUCUUCGCAAUUUGUGAUUUUGGAUCAGUUGUGUUUACUCGUUGUUUUCGUGCCUUGUUUUUAUUGCAUAAUUUUGUUAAAAUUUUCGUCGUGAUUACUUCUGAAGUUGUUUCUUGUCUUCUACAUCCAUGAAUGAAUUGAUUGAUGUUAGAGACAGCAGAUGGGUCGUAUACGCCGGGGAGGCUAGGCUAUUGCUGAGAAUGAAAUGCACACGGAGAUAAUUGUUAGCUGCGGUCCGACACGCCGGGGAGAAAGAGUGUAAACGACUGAGGCUCGCAUGCGUCACCGCUACUAGAACUGAGGCAGAAUGAGUGACAAGCGAUUUCAGUGGUAAUUGGUAAUGAGUAAUUAAGAGGA